AUGUUGGAGUGCCGGGAGGGGGAGGAGGGGGUGGCGGAGAGGCCGGCGACGGCGGGGGAGUGGGGGAGGGUGAGGUGGAUGGAGGAGGGUGAGGAGGCGGUGAGGAGGGUGGGGGAGGAGUUGGGGUUGUGGUUUGACAGGUGGGACAUGGAGUACUACAGGAGGUUGUUUUGCGAGGAGUUGAGGAGGAAUCCGACGACGGUGGAGUUGUUUGACUUGUCGCAGAGCAAUUCGGAGCACGCGAGGCACUGGUUUUUCAAGGGGGUGUUGAGGAUAGGGGGGGAGGAGAUGGGGCGUUCGUUGAUGGAGUUGGUGAGCGAGACGUUGGAGAGGAACAGGACGAAUUCGUUGGUGGCGUACAGCGACAAUGCGAGUGUGGUGAGGGGGUUUAGGACGGUGGUGUGCGAGCCGAGCGAGGGGGGGAGGGCGAGUAGGGUGGAGGAGAGGAGUGCGGAGUACGACGUGACGUUUACGGCGGAGACGCACAAUUUCCCGACGGGGGUGGCGCCGUACCCGGGGGCGGAGACGGGGGUGGGGGGGAGGAUAAGGGACGGACACGCGGUGGGGAGGGGGUCGGUGGUGGUGGGUGGGACGGCGGGGUACGCGGUGGGUCAGUUGAGGGUGCCUGGGUACGAGUUGGAGUGGGAGGAGGGGGGUUGGGGGUACCCGGGGAACGUGGCGUCGCCGUUGGAGGUGUUGAUAGGGGCGAGCAACGGGGCGAGUGAUUACGCGAACAGGUUUGGGGAGCCGUUGAUAGCGGGGUACGCGAGGGCGUUUGGGGCGGUGGCGAGAGGGGAGAGGAGGGAGUACGUGAAGCCGAUAAUGUUUUCGGGGGGGUUGGGGCAGAUAGAGAGGGGUGCGCUGAGGAAGGGGGAGGUGAGGAGCGGGAUGUUGGUGGUGAAGAUAGGUGGGCCGGCGUACAGGAUAGGGAUAGGUGGGGGGGCGGCGUCGUCGCAGGUGCACGGGGAGAACAGGGAGGAGUUGGAUUUCAACGCGGUGCAGAGGGGGGACGCGGAGAUGGAGCAGAGGGUGGACAGGGUGGUGCGCGCGUGCGCGAGGAUGGGGAGGAGGAAUCCGAUCGUGAGCAUUCACGACCAGGGGUCUGGGGGGAACGCGAACGUGUUGAAGGAGUUGGUGGGCGCGCUGGGGGCGCGGAUCGAGGUGGACAGGUUCCCGUUGGGGGACGAGACGCUGAGCACGUUGGAGAUUUGGUGCGCGGAGUACCAGGAGAACGACGCGGUGUUGAUUGAGCCGGAGAGCGAGGAGUUGUUCGCGUCGAUAUGCGAGAGGGAGCGGUGUCCGUAUGCGUGCGUGGGGAGGGUGAGUGGGGACGGGAGGGUGGUUUUGGUGGAGAGGGGGAGGGAGCGAGACGAGGAGCAGCCGUAUUGCUUGCCGCAGGAGAAGGUGUUGGGUGGGAUGCCGCGAAAGGUGUUCGAGAGUGAGGCGUUUUCGCCGCUGCGCUGGCCACUGUCGGUGCCGGCGGAGUUGGAGGUGGGCAGGGCGCUGAGGGAGCUGGUGUUGCCGCACGUGGAGGUGGGCUCGAAGCGGUUCCUGACGAGCAAGGUGGAUCGGAGCGUGACGGGUCUGGUGGUGCAGCAGCCGUGCGUGGGGCCGCUGCAUGUACCGGUGGCGGACUGCGGGAUC